AAAACUUUCUUCAAGCCAUCUACUCUCUCUUUUUCACUAAGGAGACUUCGUUACAACGUUGCAUGUACCUUUCAUUUGCUUCCGUUUCAAUUGUAUUCUCUGAAUUUGGAAGUAAUCGCUGUGCAAGUGUUCACUCGGUCCAUGAAAGGCAUGAAAGCUAAUGGCCGCCAAAUUCUAUCCACGAAACAGCUGAUGUGCGUUGUUGUUUCUCAAUUUUAAAUUGGUAUUUUCACGGGAUUAACUGUGGCAAAACGCUUAGAUGAUACGUUAUUCGUGUAAUUGUUUUGUGUGGAAUUCAGGAUGUCACUGACCAUACAACAAAUAAUUUUGGAUGCAAAAAGACUCGCUGGCCGUCUUAAAGAACGCGAAACCGAAUCGGAUGCUUUGCUAACUGAAACUCAAUCAGCAUAUCGUCAAAUCCAUACCAUGAAACAGUACAAAGAAGAUGUUGAUACACUGAACGAGGCUUCACGUGAACGCCCCCGUGGAGCACUUAUAGCCAGCAUAGAAAGGGAAUCUCGCUUAAUGAGGGAUGUUCAACGUGAAAAUGGCGAGCUCCGGGCUGCACUAGAAGAUCACAGGCGGGCUUUGGAGCUCAUCAUGUCUAAAUACAGACAGCACACUGAGAAGAGAGUAUGGGAGUCCAGAAUAGAUUUUACAGCAGCUGUCAAUGAAAAACAGCAAGAUCUCAUUCGUAAACAAGCAGAGAGAAUCAAUGAAAUGACCAGUAUCAUGUACAAAGCUGUGACUAUGGAGGAGAAUGGUGAGAUAAGGAGGGAGGAAGAGGUGUACCACAGGCUCAUCACUGAAAACAAGGGGUUGCGAGAGAUGUUGGACCUGUCGCGGCGGUACGGGUCAGACCGCGCGGUGGCGCCGCCCACCGAGGACAAGGACGUGCAGACGGACGGGCCGCCACUGCACGCGUGACGCGCCGCGCCCGCUCCCACCGCCCGCCCCGCCCGCGCUGUACCCCCGCCCGCGCCCGCGGCCGCCCGGCUCUGAGCACCAGCCCGGCCCGGGACCGAGCCGCCACCGAGGACAAGGACGUGCAGUCGGACGGGCCGCCACUGCACGCUUGACGCGCCGCGCCCGCUCCCACCGCCCGCCCCGUAUCCCCGUCCGCGCCCGCGGCCGCCCGUCUCUGAGCACCAGCCCGGUCCGGGACCAAGCCGCCACCGAGUACAAGGACGUGCAGUCGGACGGGUCGCCGCUGCACGCGUGACGCGCCGCGCCCGCUCCCACCGCCCGCCCCGCCCGCGCUGUACCCCCGCCCGCGCCCGCGGCCGCCCGGCUGAACACCAGCCCGGUCCGGGACCGAGCCGCCACCGUGGACAAGGACGUGCAGUCGGACGGGUCGCCGCUGCACGCGUGACGCGCCGCGCCCGCCCGCCCCGCCCGCGCUGUACCCCCGCUCGCGCCCGCGGCCGCCCGGCUCUGAGCACCAGCCCGGCCCGGGACCGAGCCGCCAUCGAGGACAAGGACGUGCAGUCGGACGGGCCGCCGCUGCACGCGUGACGCGCCGCGCCCGCUCCCACCGCCCGC